AUGAAUCGUUCCAUCUACUCGAACGGAUACUAUCUCCCCUAUCCGCCUAGUGUUCGAGGAGCAGACCUCGUACACCAAGUUUUCCAAGCACUGAACGGCUGCCAUCGAUGCAAGACCAAACACAUCAAAUGCGAUGAGACCAAGCCGCGAUGCAAGAUCUGCAGUGCUCAGGGCGCCGAGUGUCCAGGCUAUGCCAAACAGCUGAGAUGGUCCAACAAGCACGAGGUGUAUGCCGAUCGACCCAAGAAGCGAGCGAAGACCGGUCCCGAGACGACUGGAGCCUCACAUCAGCAUGAUCACAAUGGCACCUCGCCGUCUGAAAGUCCGGGCUUGCCCAGCAGCAGCGGGCCACUGCAAAGCACCAGACUGCCAGCGAGCGCAGAAGCCGCAGAAGUGAGUUGGUCGACGACUGAGCCAUAUGGCUUCGAGGAUCUUGGCCAUUCAUUCAUGGCGCCCGACUUGAUUUCACCGUCCUGGUCAGAUGUGCAGGUCGGCAACGCAUUCCUGGCUGGUGACUUUUGGGGAGAUAAUUCAGCAGACUCCGCAAUCGACCUGUCUUCCAUCUUAUCAACAGUGCAGACUGACAGCGGCAAGGGAGAAAACGGCAAGCCCAAAGCUAUCGCUCCUGCUGAUGCAAACACUUCUUCAAGUUCGGCAGGACUGCUUCAAACUUUCUAUCGCAUGGCUGUACCAGGCAAAGUCCCUGGCUUUUCCGACCAAGACUUGGCAUGGAAAUCUCUUCAACAUGAUCUGCCAUCUCUUCGGGCAGGCAAGACGACGGCAGACUCGGUGCUGCUAAAUCUACUUCUGCUGGGACUUUCGUGUUCGUGGAAUAAUUCCUCUGGGCUUGGGUUGCAAUAUCUCUGCAUUGCCAGAAGUCUGGUCCAGAUCAAGCUGCAGAAGGAAUGUGGUCCCAACGACGAGUUCAUCCUAGACGCGUUGAUCUACUGGGAAAUGCUAGCCAGCUUCGUCGAUCCUGUUCCAAUGCUGCCUUUUUCUGGUAUCAAAUCACCGGAGUUACAUAUACCGCCAAAGCCACCGCCACGAACGCCGCACUCUUGGACCGGUCUGGCAAGUGAGUCGAUCUAUAUUCUUGCAGAGGUUGGAAGAGUUCUACGACGUCGUGACAAGAAGGGCUUCGUAACCAAGAUUGACGAAGAAUGGACUGCAAUACUAGAGAAUGCACUCUAUGCGAUCGAGAUUCCUCAACCUGACGAUCUGGUUGACUAUAAUGACCCAAAGACAGCAAAGUCGGAUCUAAUUGCGAUGGCCGAGGCAUACCGACAUAUUGCGCUGCUGGAGAUUUACCGAAGCAAUCCAACACUGCUGUUGACCAGAGUGCGAGAUGGCACAGUUCUAGAGGAUCUGAACCAUCCCUCGCUCUCUGCGAAUACAGCUUAUCAGGAUGAGCUGGAUUCAAUGCUUGCGAACAUCGCCGUCCAUGUGAUUGAUACGAUCAAAGGCAUACACAUUGAUUCUGGUGCUUGCAAGCUUCUACCUCUCAUCGCCGUUGUGGCUGGCAGUCAACUUAAAAUGCCCGACAACGAACAUUCAAAUACUGAGAUCCAUGAUGCAGUCCUGGAGGCUCGUUACGUCGUAGAGCAGCGGCUCACUGUCAUGUCAAGAAGAUAUCCGCAGCGGCCGAUGUCUGCGAUGCUGGACAUCGUGAAAGAGGUGUGGCAGAGAGCGGACCCGCGGGAGGGCGAAUCAUAUCGAGCAGAUACGAAUGCACAUUGGCUUGAUAUUAUGCACGAGAAGAGCUGGCAAGUGAUAAUGGGCUAA